GGAGGAGGAGGAAGAGGAGGAGGAGGAGGAAGAGGAGCAGGAGGAGGAGGAGGAGGAGGAGGAGGAAGGAGAGAAGGAAGGGAAGGAGGAGGGAAAGGAGGAAAUGGAGGAAAUGGACAAAGGGAAUAUGGUGGUUUAUCUGCUUCUCAUCUUCAUACUCGGAGGAGCAGCACUGCAGCAGGAAGAGGAGGAAGAGGAGAAGGAAGAGGAGGAGGAGGAGGAGAAGGAGGAGGAGGAGGAAGGAGAGGAGGAGGAAGGAGAGGAGGACGGGCAGGAGGAGGAGAUGAAGGAGAUGGUGGUUUUUCAGCUUCUCAUCUUGAUACUCGGAGGAGGAGCAGGAAGAGGAGGAAAAGUAGGAAGAGGAGGGAGAGGAGGCGAUGUAGAGGAAAAUGAGUAUGCGGAGGAGGAGGAGGAGGCGGAGGAGGAGGGAAAGGAGGCGAUGGAUAAAGGGGAGAUGGUGGUUUAUCUCCUUUUCAUCUUCAUAUUAGGGUUCGCCUUCGUCACCAGCAUCUGCCAUUGUGUCCCAGAUACUGUCGGUCCCCCUCUUGUCUACAACCUCGACCUCUUAAUUAGUGUAUAUUGCAAUCUCAACUGCUUAAGUAGAGUAUACAGUCUCAAGCGCUUAAUUAGUGUAUGCGGUCUCAGCCACUUACUGUAAUUAGCGUAAACCAUAAGCUUC